AUGACGAGCGUCGUCGAGCCGCCGGACCAUCUUCCCCGUAUCCAUAAUCACCCGGGAGUAGCUUUCGACCCGGAUUUCCAAACGCCUCUAAUUUUAGGCGAGACGUUGGAUCUCUCGGACUCUGAGGAGACACAGUUCGUCGGUGCGUUUUCAGGCGGCCUAUGGGCCAAGUCUGAGCCCUUUUUGUCUAUGUCUAAUUACCAGAAGCCCGUUGCUGGCGCCGUACUUGACUACGCUUCCACACGGUCUCUGCAUGAUGCUGGUUCAUAUUCGGCCUAUGGCCAGUCGCCAUACGUGACAGCUUCCCUUGUUCCCUCACCAAUGGGCGACCAGGCCAGCCAAGCUUCCGAUUGUGUUCCUUAUCUACAGGGCAACGAAUAUGCCAGUUCGUACGACGAAGCUCCUUCUCCUAUAAUGGCUACAGGAUCUCGACCUCUGCCUGAGAUUAUUAGCUAUCGUCCUCAGCGUGGCUCCGAGGGUACAAGGGUGACGGUUUAUAUCCAGUCACCUUUUGAUUUGCAUAGCUCCAAUUAUGGCAGUCUGUAUUUGAUUUUUGGCUCCAAGCGCUGCGAAUGUAUUCCCACAUUUUGCGGAUUCCAGGGCUCUGCUUUUCAGUACUGCCUUUCGGUGGAGGCUCCUCAAUUCAUGUCGACAGCAUCGCCUUCUUUCGCGGUUCCCAUCCAGCUUGUCCUGGAGACCCAGGGUGACUGCCAACCUACUACUCUCCAAGUUGGUGUUUACACUUAUGAGCAUGUUCCUCACGCUUCUCCCGUUGCGGAUUCUCGCAAGAGGAAGCUGUCAACCUACUCAGAUAAUCCUAUCUCAGCGCCCGCCAAGCGACCAGCUCCUGGACCCGUUGUGAUGCCCAAGAUUGAGCCGCAAGAUAGCUACUCCUACCGCGAUAACCGCUCCGGAUCAUUCUCACCCCUAUUUGCAACCUCUGCCAGCUAUGUCUGGAUUCGCGUGUCUGCUACUCCCCAUCCGGCGGCAAUCCGUGCUCCUUCUCCCCUGACACCUGGCUGGAGUCCCUCCUAUUUGGCCGUCUCGGCUGAUGGUAGGGCUCCUGGCAUGUCUGUGGUCCAUGGUAUGGCUCAGCACAGAGGACCUUCGCCUAUGCGCUCCUCCAACCCGACUCUUAUCCGUACCUCCACCCUGCAGCAAGCCAACGGCCUUAGCCAAAACCAGUCAUUCAACCCGUAUGCAAUUUACCCUACCAAGGCCAUUCUCAAGCUCAGUGGCGAUCUGGAUAGCAUGGCUGAGGGCUGGAGCAAAGAUGAGCAGGUUGCUCAGCGCCGUCUCGUGGAGUUUACCCGGACUCAGACUGGAAGCACCAUCCACGCUGAUUUCAAGCCCGUGGCUCCCGAGAAGCGCUCGCCAAACAGCAUUUGCAUCAGCUGCAUCAGCUGGGAAGGCAAGGAUGAGUGCUUCGUCACAAGCGUGGAUACUAUCUACUUGCUUGAGUCACUCGUCGGGGUUCGUUUCACCGUUGAAGAGAAGAAUCGAAUCCGUCGAAAUUUGGAAGGCUUCCGUCCUCUUACGGUUUCCAAGGCGAAGCAAGACAGCGAAGAGUUCUUCAAGGUCAUCAUGGGAUUCCCUAACCCUAAGCCUCGCAACAUUGAGAAGGAUGUCAAGGUCUUCCCCUGGAAGAUUCUGAGCCACGCCCUGAAGAAGAUCAUCGGGAAAUACUCUGCUAGUUACUCUUCCACCGCAGGUGCUCUGCCUACACCGAUCACAAACUACGCCAGUCAUGGCACGGGUUCCGACUCGGGCACCGAGCCACACACCGCUGCUUCCCCCCAAUCAGUGUCUGAUUCCGGUCCGGCUCAUAAUUAUGCUCACAACAUGGGCGCCCCCGUCUACACACAAGCCGAGCAUCCGUCGCUGACAGCGGCUCCUGAUCUACGAUCGAUGAUGCCUGCUCACAGCCAGCCAUACACUUCAGUGGGCGGAUACUCCUAUCCAGCGAUCUGUCAGCCGCAGCAUACCCACAGUCUAGUUGCUCCGACGCCCCGGUCGGCAUGGGACAUCCAUGGCCUGGGCUCUGCUGCUCCUGCAAGCACUGCGGCGCCGUCCAAUGCAUGCUACAGCUACAUGGAUCCCGUGUACCCGCUGCAUGACUCGGCGCACGGCCAAUGA